AUGUGGGUCGCGCGUAGCGCUUUACUUUUAGCCGCCAUCGGGGUAACCCCUCUCCUUGCUUCUCCGGAUUUAUUCAAUCGAGCUGAAACGUGUGAACCGAGUGUUUCGACUGUAACCAUCGAGCCGAGUGUUCGAACUGUUACUGUGACUGUUGGAGAAACAUCUGCUAGUGCUAGUGCUAGUGCAUCUUCAUCUGUUACUACGACGGCGACUGCUUCUACGCCCUCCGUUCCAAUCCAGUCUGGAAAUCCGGGGACGUUUACACCGGGACGUUCUUCGCGCAGUAAAACUGGAAGUGCUGCGUCGGAGACUCCUAAAGUUUCCCCUGGUACUUCAUCGGAGGUUUCAUCUGAGACUUCGUCUGAUACUCCCUCUGAUACUCCCUCUAAUACUCUGUCUUCUGGUAUCCCAUCUUCUGGUACUCCCUCUAAAUCUCCAUCUAACGCCCCAUCUACACGUACCGGCCCAUCUUCUUUAAUCCCCUCGGCCAAUCCAUCUUCAGGCACAGGAUAUCAAUCCCACGCCCCGAACGUAAUAAUCGGAAGCUUGACAGUCCCCAUUCAAAGCACCCCAACCACGAUCUCCCAGUCCGGCCAUUCCCCCAUCGUGGUAGGCCCAUCUGGGAUCCAAAUCGGGUCACAAACACUGAAAAGCGCAACCACAAUGACCGCUGACGGUGUGACUGUGACUUAUGACGGAGCCCAAGAAUCAAACCCACCCGAGUCCGAGUCUAAGUCCGGGGAUUCGACUUCGACGGCAGCUCAACAAGAGACAGCGACAACCUCAGGAGCAGCCACGACAGCGACUUCGUCAUCCUCGUCAAUGGCCUCGGCCUGGGAUAGUUAUGUAACUAUCAAUAAUGAAACCUACCGCAUUCCCUCUGGUGAUUCGUCGUUGGAUAUAGUCCUAGAUGAUGGGUCGCUGCUUACGCUGUCUUCGGGACAGGUGUCUAUUAAUGGCGAUAAGGCUGAUAUUCCUGAUGAUGUCUCCGAUUCACCUACGCUCACUGCUGAUGGGCAGUCAUUCACUGUGGGCGAAGGGUCUGGUAGUGGCAGUGGUGAUGGCGGUAACGGUGGUGAUGGAGGAAGUGGUGGUGGUAGUGGCUCAAGCAUAUCUAGUUUGAUUGAUACAAUCUCUGGACUAGGCGAUGCUGAGAGCUCUAUUUCUUCUGGUCUGGACAAAAUCACCAGUGGCAUCAAGUCCUGGGCCUCCGGGGGCGCAGAGAGCGAAGUGACUUCACUUUCAGGGUCUAUUGAUUCAGCACUCGAAAGUCUGGACCAGUUGCUAGGCCCCAUGAGAAGUAUCUCACAAAGCUCUAGCAUCGAGCUGCAGGAAUUAACCACAGAUGGUCUCCGGGUGGUAUCCAAUGCUUAUCCUGAUCUGGAAAGAGGCCGUGAUAUUCUGAGCUCGAUGCAGAAGUUAUUGAAAGGUCUUCCCACACUUCGAGACGCUGCUACGCAGAAUGUCAAGAAAUACUGGCUUCGCUAUGUAGCCACAGGUGGUGGACUCUUGGCUUUGGACCAGACUAUCCAGAAGCUGAAAGAAUAUUCAUGGGACGAUGCCUUGACAGUAACGGCCACCUCCACAACCGCUGCAGAAACCCAAGCCACAUCUGCGACAUCUACAACUUCAACAACCGAAUCGCCGACGGCUUCCUCUUCAUACCUUAUUACGACCAAGCGCGGCACAUCUCUCACUAUGUUCAAGACUUUUGUUCAUGGCCUUGACGGCGGCGCGGGAUAUCAAAUGGCUUAUUCGGAGGUUGAUCACCAAGCCUACGUGACAGACCUCACAGCGACCCAGGUUGCUACUAUCAAAGCUCUUCCUUUCAUCAGGACAGUCUCCUAUAACAUUCCUGUGACCGAGCUGGAUGACGACGAGGACUUCCGCGCUGUUCCCAACCGAGACUUUUCACCUGAAGUUGAUGAGCUACACAACUUGACCAACCACAAGUCGAGCAAAUGGCUUUCGUCGCGGGCUAUAGCUCAAUCACCUCGGGGCCAAAGUGGUUCACACCUCAAAAUGAUUUCUUCUGACAAGAUGGGUACACCUACCGAGGACUAUCUGUUUGACGAUACCCUUGGCAAAGGAACAACUAUCUAUGUCAUUGAUACAGGUUUCGAUACAUCAAAGCCGGACUUAGCAAGCACGGACCGAAAGGUCGAGACUUACGUUGUCCCUAAUGAUCUGACGCUUUUGGGUGUCCCAAAAAAUCAGCGAAAGCCGGAAGACCUCACCGAUUGGGGUCGCCAUGGAACCUCAGUCGCCUCCGUUGCUGGAGGCGUAAUCCGAGGAGUGGCCUCAAAAGCGGAUUUGUACCUGGUAAAAUACAAGAGUGCAUACGACAAGCCAGACGCGAAUGGCAAUAUUAAAGAGGAACGCAAAAAUGCACCGCUCGCUGCGAUGGAAGAUGCCUUUAUUAAUGUUAUACGGCACAUCAGAAAAAAUUCGAAUCAAGGAAAGGCGGUUGUCAAUAUGUCAUGGGGCUCAAAGGUUUCAGCCAAGGACGUCGCCGCUCGCAAGAAAAGUCUCGAAGACUUUAUUUCAGAACUAGAGCAGCUUGAUGUGGUAGUGGUUAUUGCAGCGGGAAAUUCAAAUACAGAAAAGCUUGAAGAGCGCAUUCCACAGAGCAUGGGUACAGAUUCCAACAGUAUUAUCACUGUGGGAGGUGUGAAUGAAGAAGGCCAAAUUUGGGAACACUCUACAUCCCAGGGAUCCGGUGGUGGAUCUCUGACUAUAUUUGCGCAGUCGGAAAACCUCGAAAUGGACGUUCCUUUUGUAGGGGUGAGAAAGGUUCACGGGACCAGCUACUCUGCUCCAGCUGUCGCUGGUCUUGCAGCAUAUUACCUUGGUAUUCCUGAUACAAAGAAACUGUUCACAAGUGGGAGUGUGUCGACGAUGGUGAAGAGUUAUAUCAAGAAGACUGCUUUCCAGCGAGUUCAGAGUAUAUCAAACUCAAAAACUCCAGCAGGCUACAAUUUCCCCAGUGAACUCAAGGUUGCAUAUAACUUGGCCAGAGGAAAUCCCCCCAACUGUGGAAGUGGAAAAAUUCUCCCGCGCGGAGAAUCGGAUAACGCCUGUCCUAUGCCAUCGUCCUCCACAAGGGAAACCUCCAGCCCAUCUAGUUAUAAGUCUACAAGCCUGGCUUCUUCCAAAACCAGUGCCUCUACAUACUCCCCAACCCCGACACCGGUGACCACAACGACGGCUACUCGCACCACCAACGGGGAAACCACCGGCACUGGCACUGGCACCACAUCAACCGGAAUUCCCUCAUCCACAGGCAAACUGACAUGCAAAGGUGGAGAUGGCCCGACCAUCUCCCUCGAAUCAUUGAAUAACCAUACAGAGUAUAAUGUUCAAACAGAAGGAGGCAUUGCCCACUGGUGUGAUAAUUUCCUAACUCAAUUACACUCACACAUUCCAGACACCUACAAUGAGCCUUGGGAUACUGCUGAGAUGACCGUUACUCUUGCCGAAUGCCCAGCUACACUAGAGGUCCCAUAUAAUGAUUGUCUGGAUUGGUGGGGGGAAAUCGCAAAUGGCUGUGAUACCGACAGUGGUGAUAAACAUGGCGGAACGUACGAAAUUGGAUGUAUGUCAUUUGAGAUGGAGAUUGGUGAUGAUAGCUAA